UAAUAUCGGACCCACAGAACUUUUUCGAUCCUAUAAAAAUCAUUCCUUAACCCAUACUCGAUUCAUAGCUCUUCUUAUUCCGAGAGAUCCGGUUCAAGCAAUAGUCACACCAUGGUUAAAGCAAUUAGGGUUUAUGAACACGGUGGACCUGAGGUUAUGAAAUGGGAGGAUGUGGAUAUAGGAGAACCAAAAAGCGGAGAAAUCAAAGUGAAAAACAAGGCGAUUGGAGUAAACUAUUUGGAUGUUUAUAUGCGUAGAGGUUUAAUCCCUGGUUUAUGUCCUCCACUGACUUUCACACCAGGUAUGGAGGCAGCCGGAGUUGUAAUAAGCCUUGGUCCUGACGUCACUACAUGUAAAGUUGGAGAUUAUGUGGCUUACGCUGGCUUUCCUGUCUGCGCUUACACCGAAGAAAUGAUACUUCCUGCAGAUAGAGUCGUACCAGUUCCUCCUUCAAUUGAUCCUAUUGUAGCAGCUGUUGUGCUUUUUAAGGGACUCACAGCUCAAGUUCUGGUUCGCAGUUGUUUUCAGAUUGGACCCGAGCACACGAUCCUUGUCCAUGCAGCUGCGGGUGGAGUCGGGUCAUUGGUGUGUCAAUGGGCAAACGUGCUGGGUGCAACCGUGAUUGGAACCGUUUCAAAUGAAGUGAAAGCGGUGCAAGCUAAGGAAGAUGGAUGCCACCAUGUCAUUAUCUACAAACAAGAAAACAUUGUUGAUCGUGUUAUGGAGAUCACAUCAGGAAAAGGAGUUGAUAUUGCCUAUGAUUCUGUUGGGAAAGACACAUUUGAGAAAUCGGUGGCAUGCUUAAGAUUUCGUGGAUACAUGGUUUCAUUUGGGUUUGCAUCGGGCUCACCCGAGCCUGUGAAAUUCAGUUUGUUUUCGGAUAAAUGUUUGCACUUCACAAUUCCAUCCAUGAUGCUUUACACAAAAGCACGAGAAGACCUCCUUGCAGCUUCGCAUGAACUAUUUGAUAAUGUUGCAAAAGGAGUUUUACGUGUUCGAGCAAAUCACAAGUACCCUUUAUCGCAAGUGGCUCAAGCUCAUUUGGACCUUGAGGAUCGGAAAACAACCGGGUCCAUUGUUUUGAUACCCGAUAACUGAUAUCUAUAUGUUGUUUAAGCAAAUCAACAUAGUUCGUCCAAGAGUGUAGUUUCAUUUGGUUGGUUGUAUGCAUGAGUCGAUAUUGCACGAAUUUUAACUAAUAAAUAAGUCCUAGGUUUAGUCUUAUUCAUCAUCUUUUUUUAUCUAUAAUUCGUACAUGUUGAUUGCAUGUGGUGGUAUGUUGGCUUAUUUGGUCUCUUGUGUGUCAUUUACUCAUUUUGUACCAUGUAACGGAGAGCGUUACCCUCUACCAAUAAUGGAUUUGUCUUUUUACGAACAAUUAAUAAUGAAUCCUGAAAUUUUGAAUAAA